AUGGUACAGACUGCGGCGCUGUUUACGAAUCCGGCGGAUCUCAUCAAAGUCCGCCAACAACUCGAGUUGAAAUCCCUCUCGCAAUCCGGCUCGUCCUCGACGCGCUCUACCAACGCCUUCCGCACGCUCGUCAACAUGGUACGCGCCGAGGGGAUCAUGAGUAUCUACAAGGGCCUGUCGGGGAGCUUGCUGAGGGAGGCUUUUUACUCUGGGAUCAGGAUGGGAGGAUACGAUCUGGUCAAGGCGAGCAUCAUCAAGACGUUCCCGCUGGCGGAUCCGAAUGGGUUUGGGACAAAGUUGGCGGCGGGGAUGGCGAGUGGGAUCGUUGGCGCGGCAGUCGCAAAUCCAGCAGACCUCCUAAAAGUCCGCAUGCAAGCCCCCUCAGCACACGGCACACUCCGCCAACACGCCUACCAAAUCUACUCGGCCAACGGUCUCAAGGGGAUGUACAAGGCGGUUGGGCCGACGACGUUUCGCGCGGGGAUAUUGACGAGUUGUCAGUUGGGGUGUUAUGACCAUGCGAAACAUGUCCUCAAGACCGACUUCCCGAAUACGUUUGAAGAAGGCCUAACGACGCACCUGAUCGCAAGCGGUAUCGCAGGGUUCUGCUGUUCGGCAGCCAGCAACCCCGUCGACGUCCUCAAAGUACGGAUGAUGACGGACAAGACGGGCGAGUAUCGGAAUUCGUUCCAUUGCGCUGCGCUGCUGUUGCGGAACGAAGGCCCACUGGCGCUCUACAAAGGCUUCGCAAUGAGUUUCUGGCGCCUGUGGCCUCACAGCAUCGUCUCGUUGAUCGUGUUUGAGCAGGCGAGAAAGUUGUUUGGGUUGCCGCCUGUCUAA